CUAUAUAAAUAACUCUUCAUGCCGUUGACUUUACGCGUUGCCGUAUGUCCUAUGCGUUUCUUGACUUUUAUAUGCGAGAAACGUUGAAUGAAAAGCAUAGCGUAAAGAUUUUUUUCUUUUCCAUUAUUUUGGAUAAAUAAUAAGAAAAUAUGGAUCAGGACUUAAAAGCUAAAAUCGAUCAAGCUUGUCGAACUGCAGAGGAAUUUACAAAACUGUAUUAUGAAUAUCUAGAUAAGCGGAGAUAUCUGAUUUCAAGAAUGUACAUGGACACUGCUACUCUGAUGUGGAAUGGAAACGGAGUAGUAGGCAAAGACAAUAUACAAAAGUUUUGGACAGAUCUGCCAUCUUCAGAGCAUACCAUUACUACUCUUGAUGCUCAGCCAAUUACAGGUAAAUGCCCAGAGGUAGCCAAUCAAUUAACAUUUCUCGUCAAAGUCGGUGGACAAGUAAAAUACGAAGAAAAAGGUGCCAAGUCAUUUAAUCAAACCUUUCUAAUUACGGCUAUGGGCGAUAAGUGGAAGAUUGUAAGCGAUUGUUUCCGAACGCAAGAAUUACUAGGUAGUAAUACAAAUUAACAGCACCAAUCAUAAAGAAGUUUUAUAACUACUGUUUUAUAUACUGUGAUAUAUAUGUAAUUUAUAAUAAAUAUGUAUAAAAAACUAAUAA